CCCUGACAGCCGCGCCGGGCCGCGCUGCGCCGCCAUUUAACCCUCCCCCGGCCGCCGGAGGUGAGUGAGGGAGUGAGUGAGGGAGGGAGCAGCACCCGCCUGUCCAGGGGCAGCUCCGGCGCCGUUUCCUCCGCGGGAAGGAUCCCGUUCAGCCCCGUCCCGCCAGCGGCGCCGGUGCGGCGGCCGCUCCGCCCGCGCAGGGCAGCGGCGUGGAGGUGGUGUUGGAAAAAGUGCCUGCACUUUGGAGCUGAAGAAGGACAUGAGGAGUAAAAGGACCUGGGAUCUCACUGGUCAGAAUGAAACAGAUGUUGAAAGAUUUUUCAAAUCUAUUGUUAGUAGUGCUCUGUGACUAUGUUCUCGGCGAAGUGCAGUAUCUCCUGUUGGAGCGUCCAGGUCAUGUAGCCUUCAGCAGUGACACAGUGUCUGUGGAAUAUCAGUACUCUAAUGGUGGUAAUGUGACGACAGAGCAUCUGUCCAUCCUAUUGCUGGAUGCCAGCACCAACAAGAUAAUUGCAAGAAAACAGCUUCCAACAAAUCAGUCCCAGGGGAAGGUAGAAUUUGAGUGUUUCCAUUUCAAGAGUGCUGGUGACUUCGUGUUCAGAAUGGUCUCUCCCAGCGAUAACAGCAGUGCUGCCCAGUGGAGCAGAAGCAGGAUGUCCACCCUCCAUGUGGAAUGGCCUGUAUUUCACAUUGAUUUGAACAAGAGCUCAGAGGUGCUUGGGAGCUCCCUUGAGGUUGGACUUUUUACAAACGAGCAGCUGUGUGCCAUGAAUGAGACAGUGCUUUCACUGGAUGUGAUAUUCACCAGCACCCUUUAUGAAUUUGGAAGAGUAAGCUCUGAUGAGACUCUGGGCAUUAGAACUAGCAAAGAAAUCCCACUCUCUAGGUCCCAGUGGGUAGAGUUUGAUUGCCCACCUGUUAGUCAAGAAAUAUACAUCGCCGUGUUACUGAAAUCAUUAGAAACACAUUCCAUCAUUGCCUCCAUAGGACCUAUAGAUCUCCUCCACAAAUUUGGGUACAGACUGGUAGUGGCACCAGAAGCAACAUGCAAAACUUUGGUUCAGGUCUUCAUAGUGUCUCCGCCAUGCACUUCCAUUGGUGGAAAAAUUGUCGUCUAUAAAGAGGCUCUCAAGCAUCCUACUCAAAGAACAACCUGGCUCUAUGAAAACACUCUUCACCCGGGAGACAACAAGACAGAAUUUAACUGCACUUUAUUUGAUGUGGGGAAGAACAAAUACUGCUUUGACCUCUUUAAUUUCUCAAACCGAAGCCUUUUCCCAACAAGAGUUAAGGAGUGUAUGAUGAUCCAAAGGAAUAUGGAAACGUGGAGCCUGUGGCAGCCCUGGAGCCCCUGCAGUGUCACCUGUGGGGAUGGCACCCGGGAGCGCUUCCGUGAGUGCAUCACCUCCUCAUCAGCCAAAUCAGGCUGUGCUGGAUCACCCAGCGAGACUUCCUUGUGUUCCCUGGAGGAGUGUUUGUCUAUGAAGCCUCCCACCCCACCUUCUGCCCAGCCAGGAGAGGACCAGAAAGCAAAUAACAUAGUGACCAUCACAGGUAUCUCUCUGUGCUUGUUCAUCAUCUUUGCCACUGUUCUCAUCACUCUCUGGAGGAAGCUCUGCAGAGCUCAGAAGUGCAGUGCUGCCGUGCGCCGGAACUCCGUCCAUUCCCCUGGUUUCCGGAAGAACUCUGACGAGGAGAACAUCUGCCAAGGCAACAAGCAGCGGGACAGCUUUGCUGAAGGAGGGGAUGCCCCUGUUAACAUUCCUCUGACCUACAGGCGAAGCCUCCAGUUUGCCCAAGAAGAUGAUGCCUCUGGAAGUGAGAACUUCCAGCCAAAUGCCCAAAAAAUUAUCCCUCCAAUCUUUAGCUACCGCUUGGCACAGCAGCAGCUGAAAGAGAUGAAGAAGAAAGGUCUGACUGAGACCACCAAGGUGUACCAUGUCUCUCAGAAUCCUCUCACAGACACGGUUGUUGGUGCCACCACAAUGCUUCCACUGAGUGGAGAAAACCAAGAGGAGGCAGCAGCAAACAAAUUUAGGAUCAAAUCUCCGUUUCUGGAACAGCCAGCCGGUCAGCCCAAAUUCUUGGGGGAAGGCUCUCACCCUAGGCUGGAUUUUCCAUUCUCACAGGCCAAUGCUGCAAUGAGCCCUACCCAAACCUUGGUAAGAAGAGCUCAUUUCAAGCACCAGGAUAACAGAGGGGACUUGCCUGAUAGGGGCUGCCACAGAAACCCGCAGCUUAGGAGAACAGCAAGUUUCCAUGAGACUAAAAAGGCCAGGCCUUUCAGAGAGAGAAGCAUGUCCACCCUCACCCCCCGGCAGACUCCUCUCUACAACUCCAGGACCAGGACAUGGGACCAAGGUUUGGAGGACAGGAUGCGGCCAAAAUUGAGGAACACUAAUCCAACUGGUGAAAAGCUGGAUCAGCCCCACAAUGCUGCAGUGGGGUGUGAACCGCAGGGCCAUGGCACAAAGUGCCACCACAGGGCAGGGCCUCUGGUGAAAAAGCUGGACUUGGUCACUGACCGCCAGCCUGCUGGUCAGGAGAAGGCAGCUGAUAAGCCUGAGCCCAGCCGAAGCAAACGGGGCCCUUCACCUAACCCCAGAGGCACAUGGCGGAAAGAAACAGGCUCAGCUGGCAAGGAUAAUUCCCAGAGAGUCACAAGUGUAAGCCCUGCCCAGUACCAAAGGGACAAGUGCCAGAGCUUCCCCUUGGAUCCUGAGUUUGCCUUUUAUGAUAAUACUACUUUUGGCCUAACAGAGGCAGAGCAGCAGAUGAUUGACCUCCCUGGGUAUUUUGGUUCCAAUGAAGAGGAUGAAACAAGUACUUUAAGCAUCGAGAAGCUGGUGAUUUGAGAGACUCAUUGUGGCCCUGCAGGAGGGGCAUGAGCAGAAGAGGAUCUGCAGGAUCUAUUGGCUUGUGGUGGAAGGAGCAGUGGGAAUUGUGUUAUCCCCACAUGGAGCAGGAGGGAGUAAUGCCCCAAGUCUGGCUUGUGGGAACACAUUCCUUUCUAAUUACUGGAAAGUGCUUCCAUAUAAUUAUUUUUUGUAUGUAUGUGUGUACAGUUCACACAAAAUACCCCAGGAAAACACGUGUUAGUGGAGGCAUGACACAGAAAUAGCCAAUAGUUUUUAUUGCAUAAAGCAGUCAUGUUUUGUGCAUCAUAUGUGAUGGAUGCCACUGAUCUGGCCUUUCUCACCUUGUGGACCGUGUACUAGUAGAUAACAAUGGCCUAAAGCAUCCAUUAUCCAGUAUCCUCAACCAUCUCUCCUAAUUGGUGAAUCCUUGCCCAUUUAGGAAACACAGACCUCAAGUUGUGAGCAGUUUCCAUAACUUUUAUGGUAGUCUUUAUUGAAGUGUGCCGAUUCAUCGCAAUUGCUCAAAUAAGUCAUAUGGUGGUGUUUAUUUUAGCUGCUUGCAUGAAAGUGCAAACAAUUGAUGCUGAAUACUUGGAGUGAAUUUAAAACUGAGGGGGCACUUCUCACCCUUCAAGGUUUUGAUACUUUCCUUCUGUCAAUAUUUAUACUACAAAAUCAGUGAUGUACAGAUAUAUGCAGGAAAUGAGUAGAAGAGGCAUGCUACUGGGAGGGCAAAGAAAACAGAUGAUCAUAUUUGAGUCCUCACAGAAAUGUUACUUGCAGCAUCUAAGCACCUCUAAAAGACAGUGAGAGAACUGGUGAAUCACCCAUCCUUUCCAUAAGCAUUUUUGCCUUUAUUAAACUUUUCAGAAUGUAAAUACAUUGACAAUAAUACUGCUACAGCAAGCUCAGAAUAAAUUAUGAGCAAAACCAGCGAACAACAAAUUCAUUUCAUGAAUACCUGGUUUGUGAGCAGAAACUAAAACUGGCUUGACAACAUCUGGUGCUUCCCAGAGAAUCCUAUGGUGAAGCACAAAAGCUACUUUGGGUGUUUGAUUUUGUUGGGCUUUAAAACCAGAGAUAACAAAUUGACACUUACACACUGCUGCAAGUAUUCAGAGCUGGAUUGAAACCCCAGUUAACAACAGACAGAGCUAGGGCCAGCAAGAAUGACUCAGACACUUUGCUUGCUGUUUGUUAGGAUAACCAUCUCUUCAGGGAGUUUGCAAAGACCAGGGAAAUGCAAUUGGGCAAAACCAAAAGACGAGAUGCUGCCCAUGGAGGAUGGAAUGAGAGAAGGUAGGUUUGGGCAGAGGACUGUCUUAACUCUCCUAGAAGGAGCCCAACCCGAUGUGGUCCUUUAACCCGCCUGUGAGUGUGAAGGAACACUUACCAUGUGCUCAGUUCUCUGGCAGUAGGCUUCUGUCUUUCUCAAAACUGCCUUUCCGAGCAGAAGGAUAGAUUUCCCAACCCCACACUUCUGUUUUUUCUCCAUACCAUCAACAGUUUUAAAGGAAGAGCAGCAUCAUUGUGUGUUAGCCAGUUACCGACAGCACCCCACUGAAGUGUUCAAAGUAUGCCCAGGUAACCUGGCAGGCACACUGUAAUGGUCUUGCUGUGACAGCCUCGAAGGAGCAAGGCUUGCAGUGUUUGGCUGCAGGAGUCAAACCCUGCUGUCUGAAUGGCCUUUCUGAUGUGUAAUGCUUUGCAGCUGCUGCAGCAGCGCUGGGUCUGACUCGCAGGAUGCUGUGAGCUGCCUCUUUCCCAGGAGCUGGGCCAGCACACUGCAUUGUCGACAUUCAGCCCUUUGGCACAGUGUGGUGUUAGUACCUGCUCUGCAUUGCCAUAAGCUGUCAGCUUGAAAUGCUGUUUAAAGUAUUUGAGAGCAUGUCCACGCUUGAAGAGUGAUCCAAAGCUAAUCAAAUGUAACAAGUCUUCAAAGUGACUUAAAUGAACUGGAAAUCAGACCUCUGAAGCAAUUGCUGCUCAGGUUACUUACCACCCCUGUACUAUGGUAAAGCCUGCCAUGUGAAGCACAUUUGCCCUGAAGCAGUGAGGUGUCAGCAGGACCACAAUAUCUGUUUACAGAUUUGGUGAGCCCUUUCAGCACGGGAUACCUUGGAGAAAAGGGAGAUCAAAUACACAGCAGAGCCACACUGAGCAAGCAUUCCCCUAACCUUCAGUGGGAGUGAUGUGAUCCUGGCGGUAGCCCUCAUAUCAAAAAGUACUAGCUAGUGGCAUUUUACCCUGCCUACUGCAAUAAAGGGUGUUCUGAAACACUUCCUGGGGUUUGCUGUGGGAGUUGCAGGGUCCUGCACAAAGCCCUGUGACCUGUGUCUCUGAGGGGGUUCCCUGCACCAUAGGAUGGCAGAGGAGGUGAAGCAUUGUUCGAAGCCAGAUGCUGCUUCCUGCAACCUUGUCUUAGUGUUGGGCUGUGUUCAGAACAGCUACUGUAAUGCAUUGCAUGUACUUAGGUGCAUUUACAUCUAAGACAGCAAGGCAGACCUCUACCUCCAGCUUGUCAGGUCUGUGCCCCUUAUGUCUCUUUUUCUUUCUCUUAGAGAAAAAAGCACCAUAACAUAUUGAUUCUGGCUGAAGGCAGCCCAACUAUAAUGCCUGCCUCUCUGUAUUGACACAGAGGGAAACAAGCUCUGUACUCUAGACUGCUCACUGCUCCUUCACUGGGGAACUGGACUGGGUAGCAGUUAUCUGUCUCAGCCCUGUUGACUUUAUUUUCAGCUUGGUGUUUCCAUUAUUGAUAGCUCCAUUAUCAGGUGGCUUAUUGGCUGCUCAAUGAACUGUCAAACCACUAAUAUUGUCUCUUUGGUGCUGUAGUUGAUUUCCAGCUUGCAGAAUUGUGCAUCACUGGUCUGCAGUCUAUACCCUGCUUCCAUAGCCCCUCUACCGAAGAACAGGAUUGAGUAUCACCUGCCAGAAGGCAUUAAUUUAUUUCAGUCAUAUUUCUCUGCCUAGACAAAGAUUGUCCUUGCUGCCCUCAGCACUGCAGCAGUGGCCACAUGGCUGUAAUGUGUGCAGAGGGAUUCCUCGUGUUUCUAGCAUGCAGUUACAACCUUGCACUAAGAUUUUACCAUAGUAUAAAAUACAGAAGCAGUGAUCAAAAAGUCCUUUCUUCACAAGGGCAACCUCAUUUCAGAGAGGGAGGUGCAAGUUUUGUUCUGUGUGGGCAUGUGGGAAGAAGGUUUUAGGAUCACUGCUCCCUGGAGUGCUGGCCCAUUGCUUUCCAGUGUUCACGUCUGCAAUCACUGGGAUCUCUAAGAAGUGAGAACAGAGUUUACCUUUUCAUAAAGCAGAGGAACCAAACCAAGUUUGAUACUGAACCUUCACAUGUCUCUGCAUUAUCUCCAGGACAACUUGAGCCCUGGAAAUUAAAUUUACCUUGCAGAGACUCUCAGCUACCCAUGACAGCAGAUGUAAAAGCACCAGAGCCAACACCAAAAGAAAGCAUUUCUCAUAUUAUGAGCUUUCUCAAGAUUUUAAUCCAAAUUUCUGUUCCAAGUUCCUACUGUUGAAAAUGAGAUACAAAGUGUUAAGACCUACUCAGAUGGUUUUAUUUCACCAUCCAUGGAUAUAUAAUACAAAUUGCAAUAUGUAUGGAUCUAAAAGCAAGUAAAUGGAAAAGAACAAUCAGUUAAAAAAAAAACGUAAUUCAGAAAAAGAAAUAGGCUCAUUUUACCACAUGGUAGGUAACUGAUUUGCAUCAAGCUGAUAUUACUGUUCAUUGUAACUGUUAUUAAAAACGUGUGGAAAAUAAAUUUUCGGUAUCCAA